AGAAACAGUGAGUGAAGAAAAAAAAACCGCUGAGAUGGUUCCGAAUGAGAAAGAGGAGGGGGGAGAGAUAAGUGAUCUAAAGGAUAGACGAUAGGACAAAAAGUGAUGAUGAUGAAUACAUUGGAAAGUUUUUUGGCCCUGGCGACGGUGUCAGAUUGAAUGGCCUGUGCGCAUGUGCGAAGGUGUCCAAACUGACAAUGCUGCUGAAAUGAAGAUAGUGUUGUUGCUGCUUCUGAGCUCAAGGAGGACGAGAGGAGUCUACAAGCCGACAAGAUGAGAUCCAAAGCGAGGGCGAGAAAACUGGCCAAAAGUGACAAUGAGGCGGUAGAUAACAACAUGUUUGAGAUGGACCCUGAGCUGCACGCUGGGGAAAGUGCAGAGGAAGAAACAGAAGAUAGCAUCAUGUCUCCAAUACCGGUGGGACCACCCUCUCCCCUCCACAACAGUGAGGAUUUCACACCUAAGGAGGCUUCUCCAUAUGAGGCACCUGUCUACAUUCCCGAGGACAUUCCUAUUCCCUCAGACCUAGAGCUCCGUGAGUCCUCCAUCCCUGGAGCUGGAUUAGGGAUAUGGACCAAAAAACCAAUUCGAAUUGGAGAAAAAUUUGGACCUUACACUGGAAUGCAGAGUAGCUUGAUGAAAGAAGCUGGUUUUAAUUGGGAGCAGAUGUUGAAUGACCAUGAAAUGUCACCGCAGGAGAGCUGCCUCAAGAAGAUUGUUGAUGACGUUGGAAAUGUGAAAUUUUGCCUUGACGGUAACCCAGCAGGAACUGGGAGCUGGCUGAAAUAUGUGCGGACAGCGCGCUCAUUUGAAGAGCAGAAUCUUGUGAUAUGCCAUCUCGGAGAUGACCAGGUUUAUUAUAAAGCCAUUAAAGACAUCGAGGUGGGGGAGGAGUUGCUGGUGUAUAUGAAGGACGGCGCAUUCCCCGAGGGGUCCAUGGCACCGAACCUCGAAGACGAUCAAAUGUACCACUGCCAUGACUGUGAAGAGCUUCUACCAUCCAAGGUUGAUCUGCGUCGACACCAAAAAUACUCUUGCAGUAAUGCCAACUCAAUCUUCAGUGCACUGAAUGAGGGCUUCAAGCAGGAGCGGGAUGAGCUUGAUGAUCAAACACAUGAGUGCAAGGAUUGUGAGCGCAUAUUUCCCAAUGAAUACAGCCUAGAACAGCAUAUGAUUGUACACACAGAGGAGCGCGAGUACAAAUGUGACCAGUGUCCAAAGGCUUUUAACUGGAAGUCCAAUCUGAUUCGACAUCAGAUGUCACAUGACAGUGGAAAACGUUUCGAGUGUGAAAAUUGUGAUAAGGUCUUCACAGAUCCAAGUAACCUGCAGCGUCACAUCCGCUCUCAACACGUUGGUGCCCGUGCUCACACCUGUCCAGACUGCGGCAAGACCUUCGCCACCUCCUCUGGACUCAAGCAACACAAGCACAUUCACAGCAGUGUCAAGCCUUUCAUCUGUGAGGUCUGUCAUAAAUCCUAUACCCAGUUUUCAAAUCUUUGCCGGCACAAGAGGAUGCACGCAGACUGCCGUACCCAAAUCAAGUGCAAGGACUGUGGUCAAAUGUUCAGCACCACCUCCUCUCUUAACAAACACCGGCGCUUCUGUGAGGGCAAGAACCAUUACAACCCCGGAGGCAUGUUUAAUCCAACUAUACCUAUGACUUCCAGCCCAAUCUUGGGCAAAUCCAAACCCCACCACAGCCUCAAUCACACUGGCCUUGGCUUUAGUGAUUAUUUUCCUUCACGGCCACAUCCUGCUGGGAUCCCCUUCUCUCACAACCCCACAGGUUUUCCUAGCCUUUCACAUGGUUUUCCUGCAAUUUUUCCUCCUUCGUUAUACCCAAGACCACCUCUGAUACCUCCUAAUUCAUUACUGAAGACGACCAUAAAUCAUAGUCAAGAAGCAAAGCUUCCCAGGAGCCCCAUUGAUACAUCAGCCUUGACAAUGGUAUCCCCUAUUAGUUGCAGCAAUAAUGGCAAUAGUAUGCUCAACAGCCAAAUUGAAGAAAAACUUGAGACAAAAUUGGAAGUGUCCUUCUCUGACAAAUCCAAGCUGAAGGUCACGGAAUUAUCAGAUGGGAGUGACCUGGACGAGGUGAACACCACCAGUGGAACUGAUCUGGACACGACUACGGGGACAGUUUCUGGAUCAGAUAUUGACAGUGAUGUGGAAUCAGAUCGUGACAAGGGUCAGAGCAAGGUCAUCACAGACUCAAAACAGGAUGAUAUCAGCAACGGUUCUGUGUCAGUCACUAACUCUGGAAAUGUUCCUAGUGAACGACCUUUUUUACCAUCCCAGCAUUCCUUUUUUCCUCCUCCUGAUGAGCAGACAUUGCCAGCCUCAGGUGCUGCCAAUGAUUCAAUCAAGGCAAUUGCCUCAAUAGCAGAAAAAUAUUUUGGUCCUGGAUUUAUGAGCAUGCAGGAGAAGAAAAUUGGGUCACUGCCUUAUCAUUCCAUGUUCCCAUUCCAAUUUCUGCCCAACUUCCCACAUUCCUUGUACCCCUUUACGGACCGGGCUCUCAACCCAAAUAUAUUUCUAAAGUCUGAGCCUAAAUCACCUCGAGAACACCUACAAAAGAUUGGACUUCCUAGCACUGAGUCUCCAUUUGACCUCACAGUCAAGCCCAAGGAAGCAAAGCUGCCCUUAACCUCUAGCAAAUCAGCCCCUACCAGUACCCCCCUUCUACUGGGAGAAGAACAACCAUUAGACCUCAGCAUCAACAGCCGAAGAAGGGCAAAUCACAAUGGAAAUGCUGUGGAGCCACGUAAAAACCACAUCUAUGGGAGCAGAAAAGCUGCUUUGAUAGAAGAUUUACCCAAGGUUACCCAGCCUCAACCUCUUCACCCCCAACAAGCACAACUCCACCAAUCCCAGCAGCAGCAGACACCCCUGCACUACGCCAAGCCAUCACCUUUCUUCAUGGACCCUAUAUACAGCAGGGUGGAGAAGAGGAAGCUGAUGGAUCCUAUAGGUGCCCUUAAAGAGAAGUACCUGAGGCCUUCUCCAUUGCUAUUUCACCCACAGAUGUCAGCAAUAGAGAACAUGACAGAAAAGCUGGAGAGUUUUGGAACCCUGAAGUUGGACACCACAAGCUCCCUACAGCACCCUUCACAUCACCUGUUCAACUUUCGUUCUCCGCCACCUACUCUAUCUGAUGCCAUUCUCAGGAAAGGAAAGGAACGCUACACCUGCAGGUACUGUGGGAAGAUCUUUCCAAGGUCAGCAAACCUCACUCGGCACUUACGUACACAUACAGGAGAGCAGCCCUACAGAUGUAAAUACUGCGACAGAUCAUUUAGCAUCUCUUCAAAUUUACAGAGACAUGUGCGUAACAUCCACAACAAAGAGAAGCCUUUCAAAUGUCAUCUGUGCAAUCGCUGCUUUGGCCAGCAGACUAACCUCGAUCGACACUUAAAAAAGCACGAGCAUGAGAACAUUCCAGUGAGUCAACAUUCUGGGAUUCUUUCUAAUCUGGGAACGAGCAUUUCUUCGCCUAACUCAGAACCAGAAAAUCACGCACUUUUAGAUGAAAAAGAAGACUCUUAUUUUUCAGAAAUUCGUAACUUUAUUGCCAACAGCGAACUUAACCAGACAACAAGUUCUACAGUGGAGAGGCCAGACAUUCAGGAAGAUAGUGAAACCCAGCGCCAUGCACUGAAUGACCCCAAAUUAAGUGAUGGGGUGCCAGAUGAAGAAGAGGAGGAAGAAGAGGAUGAGGAAGAUGAAGAUGGCAGCCUGACAGAGAAAUCCCAGGAUGAAGAUGUUUCUCCAGAAACUGUACCCACAGCAAGCUAUGAUGAGGAACCCACCUCAUUGACCAUGAGCUACGAACACACAAGAAGGUGUAUUGAUGAAGAUGAAGCAGGCCUCUUAGAACUGGACCAUAUCCCAACCUUCGGGAAAGGGCUGGACCUCCGUAAAAGCACAGAGGACUCCUUCGACGUUAAAGAUAUGUUUAACUCUGCAUUAGAAUCGGAGGCAUUAAAAGAGACCCUGUACAGGCAGGCCAAAUCUCAGGCAUAUGCAAUGAUGCUGUCUUUGUCAGAGAACAACCCUCUACAUGCUUCUUCCCAAAAUUCUCUGGAUGCUUGGUUGAACAUGGGAGGAGGAGCUUCGGAGCCUGGAAACUUUCACCCACUCAACCACAUCUGAGAGAAGAGCAAGCAAGGGAGAGAAAAAAAUAAGAAAGAGAAUAGACACAGGGACAAGGAACACCGUGGCAUGCUAAGGGAAGCCUCACUGGCACAGAAAGUGGCACAUUCAUUGGCGGCCUUUCUUCACUUCGAACUGGAAGAAGCAGAGGCAGUCUUGUUUAGUCUGGUCAGAAACUGUAGGUGGUGGUGUCACGGGAGCUAAGUUAAAGAAUGCCCAACUGAUGCCGCCUCUUUGGAGUUACAGUGUUCUGGCUGCACCUGAAACAUACCAGAUACUUUGGAGGCUGCCAGUGGCACUCUUUCAUUUAUAGACAGCAUCAGCUUCUCAGGUUUUGUUCUGUUAAAAGUAAAAGACUAUAUAUGUAUAUAUACUGUAUAUGUAUAUAUGUAUACACAG